UGGAAGGUGGGUGGCAAGCAUGGGAAGCUGGAGCUGCCGAAGGGAGAAGUGGAGACACCAGAAGCCGAAGUGCACUUGGCAGCCCCCUGUUUAACUGCUGACGUUAAGCCCCUUCAUGUUGACACUAGUAUUUGUGGUUCCGAUUCUAUGCAUGUUGAUGUCGCUGCUCCGUCACUGUCUGUUUCUGCUCCAAUUGAUCGUCAUUCCGGCCUGGAGAAAGAUGUGAUUGUGGUUUCGGAGGAAGAUGUUUCUGUCCCAUCUUAUCAUUGGCAUUUUUCGAAGAAAGUUAGAGGUCAUCGCGAUGUUAAGCCUACUGCUGUUUCUUCCCUCUCCACCCCACCUCUCCAUUCCGUCGAAACUGAGGUUCUUGAGUUAGACACGGACAUCGUAAAGCUCUCUGGACAUGUGGAAGGAAAACCUGUCAAGCCACAAAGGCAAGGACUGUUGUCGUCGAAGUAUGUUAUUUCACAUGGUGAUGCUGAGGCUUCUGUGUCCGGAACAAAUAACGGUGAUGAUGGUGUAGAUGGAACUGUUCAAAAGUGCUAUAGUUAUGGCCUGAGCACCUCCGAAGUUGUUACGUCGUUACCGAAAGAAGGUGCUGCUUUGUUGGAGCCGGGUUAUCCUGCGGACAACAAUUCCUACUCUGACAUGACUGCUUCAGAGUUGGACACUUCAUCUCAGGGUGAAAGCAUGCCCAUAUCGCCGCGUGAUUUCUGGGUCCAUUCAGCGACCCCCGAGUUUAAGAUGUCCUACGGCGUAGGGACAAUUGACGAGGAGGCACCAGCCACGGAUGAACGCAAGAAGAAGAUCAAGAAAGGUUUCAAGUGGCCACACAUGAGUUGGCGCCGCAAAAAAUCGAAAGAAUCCAGACGCAGGCGUUCCGCUGUUAGUUCCUCGAGUGGUGUGGAAGAUGGUGGCUCACCUUCAACGACUGGCAAGCGAAAAGCAAAGACCCAGAAGCGAGACAAACCGACUUCGUUAGAUGAGGAUCUGGGAAUUCAAGCGGACAUUCAACCGGUCGUGCAAUCCCAUGAAGAGACUGUGCCAAAGCUGGCUGGAGAGCUUCGAGUUGAAUCACUUGAACCCACCCUGCCAAGCGAGGCCUUGAUGCUUUUGAAUGAACAAAAUGGCCACCAAGAUCAGUCAGAACCGCCGAAACCAAAAUCGUUGUUUUCCAAAAAGAAACGAUCGAAGAAACACACCAAGGCCAAAGAAGUUCCCCUUCAACAGGAGCCAGACGUGUCUACACCAAAAAUGCGCAAGUCGAGUAGCACCGCAGCAAGUGAGCGACUACAACGCCAAACAUGGCAUCAUCCAGACCAGGUGGUCGUUUCAGCUUCGGAAGCCGACCGCAAAACACCUCCCCCGCCUCCGAUUCCACGUCACAUCGACGAGGACAUCUCUGAGUGGCUCUCGAAUGCCUACCGCUGCCACUACACCGAAUCCUCCCCGCUGCGAAGACCUAGGCCAUGGAGUACCCUCGAUUUUCCUCCGCGGAACUGCACCUUCCGCAAUGACGAUCACCUCUUCCCCUAUUCCAUCACGCCCACAAAACUGCCGAGUUGUCAUUGGAAGAGUGACAAAGACUAUGACGUGCCCUACAUCGACGAUGAUGCCCUGCCUUCCAACGAACCAGAAUGGCCUCUGGGUGAAUCACGAAGGACAAUGACUGUUACCUCCGCGGACGCCCAAUUCCUGCGCACUGCCCUAGCCGAAGGGGAAGCAAGCGACGCUUCAGGCGAGAUUAAAUGGGGCAAGAAACGACGUUCGAAGAAGUACAAGAGCCUGAUCCCUUUCCAUCACAGAGAGAAGCGAUCCAAGAAUCACGACUCCCCGGCCGACGGAGCUAGUCAUGACCCCUCGGCUUUCAACGGUACCCCUUUCGACUGCUCAUUCGCAAAUCCUUACCCUCAAACCAACUUUCGAAAGAUCUCAACAUCUGCCAAGCUGAUUUGUGUUCUGGUCGUAGAUCAUGUCCAGCGUGUGAAGGCUAUAAUUGUGUACUCAUGCUCCGUGAAGUCUUUCCUAUACUUACUCGACCGUGGGACGUUGAAUCCAGCGGCUGAAUACCUCAAUCAUCCAGUGUACAAAUGCAAGAAACCCAAGUUCUCCUCCAACCUCCCCAAGGUCCUCGAAUUGUGGUCACUAUCCUUCGUCAUCGGCAACAUCAAACCGACUUCCUCCUACAGAUUUAAACUGUCAUUAGACCCUAAUUUUCCGCCUGGCUUCUUGCCAGAUGGACAAGAGGUAGCUGUUGGCGAUGUUGUAACCUCAUCAACAGCUGGUCGAGGUAACCGACUAACAGGCUUUCUCCACCCUAAUCACACCACCGUGGAGGCGGAGGCCUGA